AUGGAAACCCUCAGCAGUAGCAAUGCGAAUAAUGCAAGUAGCCUGAUCAUGAUCAGUGCUAUAGCGAAGCAACAUUAUUCUAAUCUAAGUAUCAUUGAAAGGAUUGGCUCUGUUUUAUCUCUGGCUGGGACCAUUUUCAUUGUGGUCACUUUUCUCUGCUCUACCUCUUUUCACAAGCCUAUAAAUCGUCUUGUUUUCUAUGCCUCCAUUGGAAAUAUGGCCUCAAACGUUGCUACAUUGAUAUCAAGAUCACCAGUGGAUCAUGGACAUUUUGAUGGAGCUCUCUGUCAAACUCAAGCAUUUUUAAUACAAAUGUUUAUGCCAGCAGAUGUUUUGUGGGCAUUAGCAAUGUCUUUGAAUGUCUAUUUUACCUUCUACUGGCACUACAAUGCAUCUGAUUUAAGGAGAUUGGAAGUUUACUAUAUUCUGGCCUGUUAUGGCUUACCUUUUGUUCCAGCCGUAGCUUUUUUGUUCAUCUCGACAGCUACAAAAGGGCGUGCGUAUGGUGAUGCGACGCUGUGGUGCUGGAUAGCGCCGGAUUGGAAUGUAUUUCGGAUCGUUACUUUUUAUGGAAUUGUCUGGCUCGCAAUUCUGGUCAGCCUUUCGAUAUAUGUGCGAGCUGGAAAAGAUAUCUGGAUUAAGCGACAGCAGCUUCGUAACUACAAUGCGCCACCCCCUGAUCCAAUAAUGAUCAUGAAAGAUCCAUUUAGAAGCGAGCCUAUCGGUCAAGUUUUGGUGAGCCAUACCAUCGAGACGCAUUCAGAAUACUUUUUUCCAUCCAACGAUUUAGAGCGCUGUCAUCAGAUCCUACCGGAUCAGCUUCACCAAUCGUCGCCAGACUACAAGAUUGAAAUUAGUGCUAACCCACCAAAACAUUUUUCUAGAAUUAGGGGCCUAGGAAGUACACAUGUUACACCUAUCCGUCGAUACGCGACAACUGAAGCUAAUAAAGCUGUUUGGUCAUAUACCAAAGUCUCUGCUCUCUUUUUUGCAGCUAUGAUGAUAACUUGGAUUCCAUCUUCUGCAAAUCGCGUCUAUAGCUUAGUGUAUCACGGCCAAGUGAACUAUGCAUUACAUUAUGUCUCUGCAUUUGUCCUGCCCCUGCAAGGCUUGUGGAAUGCUAUUAUUUAUGCAACAACUAGUUUGGAAGCAUGCUAUCAUGAUUGGAGUCAGAUCCGGAAGGGAAUUCCUCUAAAUAGUGGACUCCAUGCCAUCGUUAGUAGCCCAGUCAAUAUUUUCGAGCGAACACCAAAAAUUCCCUUCUCGCAGGAAACAGAUUCUAUUACCGAAUACCCGAGCCCCAUGGUAACAAGUCUCUGCCCUAAUAAUCACCAACAACAGCCAGAGGCUGUAGAUUGA